GCGCGAGAAAACAACCCACCUCUAUCCCUUCACUUCUUCGCCUUCUUCUCUUUUCGCCAGGUCGUCGUCUAACGAGAGAAGACGGAGAAGCAGAAAAUUCUUUGUUUCCGUUCCCCAGGACGAAGAAGGCACACAGGAGGUCACUUCGUUGCUCUUUACAGGAAUCAGAUCUGCGCAAAAGCGAGUGUUUCUUGUACAGACGCUUCUUCUCCCGCCGUCCCUGGAUGGUUCCUCCUUCCGUUUCCAUAUUUCUCGCCCGCUUCCUCCGUUUCUCCUGCCUCUCCACUACGGCAGCGUCUUCCUCUCGGCUGCCUCUGUAAGGUCGACGAGAAAUCCAGUCCUUCACUUCCUUCCGCUCUAACUCUGAUUUGUCUUCUCUUCGACUUUGAGUCUCUGUGUGAUCUCCACGUCAAACUUUACCUCUUUGAAUAGAGGACCCUGCGGAAUGAUCUGACCCUCCUUUCCUUGCCCUUCUCUUCUUCGGCUUCCUACUGUCGUUCUGUCGGUACUCGUUGUGUUCUCCGUCUUUCGUCUUAUUUCUACUUUAUUUUGUGUCGCACGGUGUCUCCUUGCCUCGUCGCAACCCUCGUCCCAUCCACGAAUCUUCUCCUCUCUCUCUCUCUCUCUCUCUGAUUUCCGCCUUCCCUCCCUUUCUCCUUGACCUCGUCUACUCUUACUUCAGUUUCCAGCUCCCCACAGUUUUCCAAGGCGAGCCAAAAUUCUCGGAGGCCGUGCACAGCCGCGAGUUCGUAGCUGCACCUGCUCUGCCCUGGAAGGUGCAGAAGAAGGGAGAUCAAUUUUAAGGCAAGUUCAAACAGAACUCACCUCUUCGUUUCCCUGCUUUUCUUCUCUUCUUCUCUUCUCUCCUCUUUCGCGUUCGCUCUUCGUCUCUUUGGGGCCGCUGCUUCCCCGUCGGAGACGGUGCUGCCCAUCGCCGGAGAGGAAACAACGGCGCGCGUCCGUUCGUUCAUCUUCUUUGCACGACGGGUGAGAGCAUCGCAGUGCGACUCACCCUGCUCCUUCAAACAACGGAGAAAAUAUUUUUUUUGUGGCGUUCGCCUGAGCAGCCCUGCUCUCUUCUUCUCUCCUUCUCGGGCCUUGAGUGUCCACCAUUGUGAGGCAAGGAAGAAGAAAAACGCAGAGUCACGCGCCCAUUGUCUGUCGCUUGGCAGUGGUGUGGACCCACCGCGCCCCCCGCGUGUCUUUUAAGAUGGCCUGAGACUUGAGGUUCGUUUCUAAAUCGGCCGUCACGAAACAGAGGCUGAGAAUGCACUUGCACAAACUUCACAGGAACUCCUCACGACGUAGGGGCCUUCUCAGCAGACAUAGCCUGUGGGGACGAUACUGACCCUCUUUUCCUCUCGCCUCGUUUAUCCCGGUCCUCUGGCGUUAGAUCUCUCUUCUGUCUCUGAAUCACUGUUCUGUCGGCGAGUCUCUCUUCUCUCCCGGCGUUUUUCUCAUUGACCUCUUAUUUUCUCGUUUGCCGUCACAUCCCUCGGGCCGACCGUCUCCCAGUCCUUUUCUGCUUCACUUUGAAAUCCACCAUGGGAGGCACCGAUUUCAUCAUCGGCUGCGUGGGGAAACCGUCGGCAGGAAAGUCGACGUUCUUCAAUGCCGCGACUGAAGGGUCAAAUGCGAAAGUCGGGAACUUCCCUUUCACGACCAUCAAUCCUAAUGAGGGCAUCGGCUUCUUUCUGACAGACUGCCCGUGCACCAACAACCCCGAGUGUCAGUGCAGUCCGCGCUACGGGCGGUGCCUCAACGGCCGGCGAUUUGUUCCCGUGAAGCUCCUGGAUGUGGCGGGGUUGAUCCCUGGCGCUCACGAAGGCCGUGGACUCGGAAACAAGUUCCUCGACGAUCUCCGUCACGCUGAUGUCCUCAUGCAUGUCAUCGACGUUUCGGGAACGACAAAUGAGAAGGGAGAGACGACCAUCGGCUAUGACGCUAGUCAGGACCAUGCGUGGCUGAUGGAGGAGAUGCAGCUCUGGAUCUUUAAUAACCUUUGGAGUCGUUGGGCGUCGAUUGCUCGACGUCAAAAGGCAACUAACAGCUCGCUCGUGCUGACCUUCAGCCAGCAGUUCAGCGGGUACGGCGCCCAGCAGCCGCUCAUCGAAACGGUUUUGAGAACUUUCGACGCACGCCUGAGGAAGGGCCCAGCUGUGUCUGCAGAGCCGACAAAAUACGAAGAAGACUGGGAGCCAAGGAACCUCGGCAACGACUUAACUGCUUGGGAUAAAGAACGCGUCAUGGAGCUUGUUAAAGUCUUCGUCGAGCUUCGAUUCCCCUUUGUUCUUGUCCUGAAUAAGUGCGAUGUGGGAGGAGACGCGGACAGGAACGUGAUGAAGAUCUCGGAAAAGUUCACAAACCAACCGCUAGUCAUGUGCAGCGCCUUGGCAGAGUGUUUUCUUCAAAAAAUGAAGCAACAGAAAUACGUCCUCUACGAGGCGGGCGACUGCACCUUCUAUACCCGAGCAGACGCCGACGACAAAUUCUGCAUGAUGGACGAGGCCACGCGCGAGAAGGCAAGAAAGUUGAAACCCGUCGACGAUAAAAAUGCGUCGCGCCUGGAAAAAAUCAAAGACAUGGUCAUAUACCGAUACGGCUCCUCAGGUGUCCACGAAGCAAUUCGCGCAGCAGUUACACGUUUGGGGAACCGUGUCCCGGUGUACCCUGUGAGGCACUGGAACACCACAGGGUCGAAAGGCGCUAAUUUGUAUGCAGAGUGUCUCCUCGUUCCUCGCAACACACGCAUGCGCGAUUUCGCGGGGAUGCUGCAUGUGGCAAUGGAGCGGAACUUCUUGUAUGCCGAGGGACCCGAUGGCCGUCGCCUGAAAGAAUCCGACCCUCUAACUGAAGAAAACAAUGUCGUUCGCAUUGUCACGGACACCAGCGGCGUGUAGAUCCAGGCGGUUUCAGUGCCCACGUAGCAGAGGAAAAGCGAAGGCACGGGUGGAACCAGAGAUGUGCCUACAGACAACUCAGAUUAAUUUGGCCCGAGAUCAGGAAGUCAACCUGAGACAAGCAGACAGUUUGGUCGGAGGAACUGUGAAAGGUUGAGAUAUAGAGGGGCUGUCUAUCCACGAACCCCCCAAGACUGUUGAUCACGUUGACCCCGUGUACGAUCGGAGACCCCGCCUCAUUUAGAAGUCGCUUUGUUUUGAGUAGGAUAAAAAAAUGGCAUUCUGUAAGCGAGAGCGAUUUCAAUCAACUUACGAAGUUUCUCCUCGGCGGCUUGUGAGAGUCGAGGCGCACAACCAACUCCAAUCUUCUAUUCUUCUACAAGUAGCUAGGGCAAAUCUGACUAAGUGAAGAAAAACAGAGUUGUGGAGAGAUGAACGUUCUCUGUUUCUAACGGUUCAUUUAAGAAGACCUCGAACUGGCUCCCCGGACUCGUUCAGAACCCCACUCCAGAAGCAUGGAUUUCUGAGUCGCACAGCGAGAAAAUGCGCUGACAUGUGUCGACCUCUUUCGCGCGAGACACGGGCGGGUGCACUCUCAAUUGGCAACUUGCGGGUUUGUAUAUUGCAUAGGCUUUUAGCAGGGCCCGUGGGCUCUCUGCACGGUCAGAUUGAAUUGAAUUAUUUCGGUGAUCGUCAGCUGUUCUUUUCUAAUGGCGUGAUUUAGUUGGUGUGCAAGCUUGUUUUUCCUUUAUUUUUGGUGACGGCAACCGAGAUAGACAGGUGCGGAUUCGCCUGUGGAAGGGAGGAAACGUGGAGAAGACGCGCGUUAGAACCUCGAAGUUGUGAAUUCGAAUCCACGACUGUCGCGGUUGAUCUCUGCCGUCACGGAGAGAGCGCCUCCGCCUUCCGCAGGUAAAUGCCAGCACAUAACGGAGCGCAUUGCCUCAUGCAGUUUUCUUUAUUCUUGUGUUUUAUGGUAUUUCGCGCGCAUGUUCGUGACAACAUGUAGGUCGUGCCGUGCCCGCCAAUGGUGGUCCUGGUUGCAAAGGCGGCAUGUGAAACGAAUACAGGCGUGGAAGCAGAUCACGUCAGCCAUACUGAUUUUUCAAUUUUUGGUGUCCUCGUACAUAAUCUAGGACGGAACACGGCGACA